CUCCGCGUCCGCCUGGCGCCUCAUUGGCUUUUCUCCCUUGCUCUCCAUCCCUGCUCCUGUAGCGGUCUCGGUCUCCCAGCAGAAGACGCAGCCAUGAACCCGUUAUUCGGCCCCAACCUCUUCCUCCUACAACAGGAGCAGCAGGGGCUGGCCGGACCGCUAGGGGAACCCCUGGGAGGAGACCACUUGGCCGGGGGAGGGGACGUGUCCCCGGCGCCGCUCGCCCCGGCCGGCCCGGCUGCCUACUCGCCGCCCGGGCCGGGCCCGGCGCCCCCCGCCGCCAUGGCACUCCGCAACGACCUGGGCUCCAACAUCAACGUGCUCAAGACCCUGAACCUCCGGUUCCGCUGCUUUCUGGCCAAGGUGCACGAGCUGGAGCGCCGCAACCGGCUGCUGGAGAAGCAGCUGCAGCAGGCGCUGGAGGAGGGUAAGCAGGGCCGGCGGGGCCUGGCUCGCCGCGACCAGGCCGUGCAGACCGGCUUCGUCAGCCCCAUCCGGCCCCUGGGGCUGCCCCUCGGCGCCCGGCCGGCCGCCGUCUGCACCCAGUCGGCCCGGGUGCUGGGCUCGCCCGCGCGCUCGCCAGCCGGCCCCCUCGCGCCCUCCGCGGCCAGCCACUCGUCGCCCUCCACCUCCACCUCCACUUCCUACUCCUCGUCAGCCCGCUUCAUGCCUGGCACCAUCUGGUCUUUCUCUCACGCCCGCCGGCUCGGGCCGGGACUGGAGCCCACUCUGGUGCAAGGGCCUGGCCUGUCGUGGGUGCACCCCGACGGGGUGGGCGUCCAGAUCGACACCAUCACCCCCGAGAUCCGUGCGCUCUACAACGUCCUGGCUAAAGUGAAGCGCGAGCGGGACGAGUACAAGCGGAGGUGGGAAGAGGAGUACACUGUGCGGAUACAGCUGCAGGAGCGAGUGAACGAGCUGCAGGAGGAAGCCCAAGAGGCUGACGCCUGCCAGGAGGAGCUAGCGAUGAAGGUGGAGCAGUUGAAAGCGGAGCUAGUGGUCUUCAAGGGGCUCAUGAGCAAUAACCUGUCUGAGCUGGACACAAAGAUCCAGGAAAAGGCCAUGAAGGUAGAUAUGGACAUCUGUCGCCGCAUCGACAUCACCGCCAAACUAUGCGACGUGGCUCAGCAGCGCAACUGUGAGGACAUGAUCAAGAUGUUCCAGGUCCCAUCCAUGGGGGGGCGGAAGCGGGAGCGCAAGGCUGCCAUCGAGGAGGACACCUCCCUGUCGGAGAGUGACGGGCCCCGCCAGCCCGAUGGGGAUGAGGAGGAGAGCACAGCCCUCAGCAUCAACGAGGAGAUGCAGCGCAUGCUCAACCAGCUGAGGGAGUAUGAUUUUGAGGACGACUGUGACAGCCUGACUUGGGAGGAGACUGAGGAGACCCUGCUGCUUUGGGAGGAUUUCUCAGGCUAUGCCAUGGCAGCCGCAGAGGCGCAGGGAGAGCAGGAAGACAGUUUGGAGAAGGUGAUCAAAGAUACCGAGUCCCUGUUCAAAACCCGGGAAAAAGAAUAUCAGGAAACCAUUGACCAAAUAGAGCUGGAGCUGGCCACGGCCAAGAAUGACAUGAACCGGCACUUGCACGAGUACAUGGAGAUGUGCAGCAUGAAGCGGGGCUUGGACGUGCAGAUGGAGACCUGCCGUCGGCUAAUCACCCAGUCUGGAGACCGAAAGUCUCCUGCUUUCACUGCGGUCCCGCUUAGCGACCCGCCGCCGCCGCCGCCAAGCGAGACUGAGGACUCCGAUCGCGAUGUCUCAUCUGAUAGCUCCAUGAGAUAGGGACCUACCUCCAGCCCGGUGGCCUGGGGCCCCACCCUGCCGGGAACUCACAGAGGCAGAGGGGUGGGGGGUUCACAGAAGGGGAACGCCAUCUGUCCCGCCGCACCAAGCCUCGCCCCUGGGGACUGGGGCGCUCCUCCCUCGGGCUUCCUGCCUUAGUCCUUGGCCUUCAGGGUUCUGAGGUGUCUGGAGCGAGGCUCAGCCUGCCCUUCCCAGGUGACUCCCACCACAGCUGGGGCUCUCCUGCCUUCACGCGUGGGCGUCUGCUACUUCUCAUCUUUAAAAUGCUGCCAGAGCGAUCGUGGCCCCUUACUUUCUCCAUUGAGUAAGGAAUGUGAUUGUCAGAUCUUCCUUCCAUCUCUGAGGCCUCGAGCCAGCUUACUGUCUUUGAUUCUGUACUGGUGCUAACUGGCCCAGGCACUGGUAUGAAGUGGAUUAGGCUGGUCCUUCCAGGGCUUGUGCAACACACAUGCAGUGGGAGAGGGCUUCCCUCCAAGGUGCAGGUGGAGGGAGGCGGGACCAGGCAGGGCGCUCUGUCCCCCCUUGCGUUGUCAUCCACCCGUGGAUGGCAGUGAUGGGGCUGUGACCCGUCCUUUAUGGAAGUGCCAUGCAUUGAAGGGGCCUCCGGUCUAGGCGGCUUCUGGAUCCGACUGGGUGCAGUACCUUGGAGGGAGAUGGAAGUUUCCCAGUCAAUGCUGAGUGGCAGAGAAAAAGGUGAAGCAAUUUUAUGUGUGUGUGCAUGUGUGUGUGUGUGUGUGUGUGUGUACAUGUGUGCUCAGGGUCUCAGUUUCUUCAAGUAUCAGCUGAAGAUGUGCCUCCUCCGUGCCUGUCAUACACUGAGAGCAGCAGGCUGAGAUGUCCUGGACUUGGAAAAGCUUGGGAGAAACUGGAGAGCCGUGAAUGCGGACACGUCAGCAUAACUGCCUGAGGGAAGCUGUGCUGAGCGGACAUUUGAAUGGAGUCUUUAAUAAUAAUGAAACUGGCGAGUAUUUAUUGAA